AUGUCCAAGGAUACAGUUGUCUUUAAUGUAGGUGGUACAAAAUUCCAAAUUCAACGUAGUUUAGUUCAAAGUUAUCCAAAUAGUUAUUUGGCAGCUUUGGCUAAUUCCUCCGAAGGUCAAGAAAUAUUUGUUGAGCAUAAUCCAUUAGCCUUUAGUGUGAUACUCGAUUUUCUUCGAUAUAAACGCUUAAUGGUACCAAAAAAUGUAGCUCAAGAGGUAGUUGAACUUCAACUAAGAGAAUUUGGAAUUCCUUAUGAUAAUUUAACGGAAGUUAUUGACGAUGAAGAAUUACCUAGUUACGCUGCUACGAUUGGAAAUUCGUCAUUAAGAGAUACAGUACUUCAGGCUUCAACUCGAAGGAUGGAUACAUUAAUAUCGGACGUAAUUCUCCCUUACUUAAAACGACACGCAAAACGGGGUCAUCGACAUGUUAUAUUCUACUUAACACCUAAUUCCGUGACUCAAAAAAACCUAACGUCAGAACUUGAUAAUAUCAAUGAUCCACAUGAAUGGAUUCAUUUACCUUCGAGAAAUGAAGCAACAGAAAAGGAAGAUCAAAGUGAUCUACCAGAUUUACAAUUUUUAUUGCAAAAAGAUCAAUUAAAACGAUUAGGAGAAUUGAUUACUAAAAGAUCAGGAGUUAAGAAUGUAGAAGUUUCAGAAGCAGUAGUUAGUUGUAGAACAGAAAAUGAGUUUGGGUUGUUAUUUUCCAAACUUUUCGAUAUUAUUGAGAUUAAAGCCAUUAUUAUGUGA